UUCAAAUUUUUGCCAUACAUAGGAGAGUCACGUCCCUUCUUUCUCCAGGUCAGGCCAGCUCGCUUGCUGCUCUACUAAUUCUGCAACAUGUUUCGGCGACUCAUUAAACUUUAUUCUUCGCCGCGAGCUUCAUUAUGUGUGCCACUAAAGCUUGGAACAAGAUCCAUUGCCUCUCAUGCCGCAGCUUCUUUACGCCUGGCCGGUGAUCCUUACAGUGAUGAAGAUUGUGCGGAUAUUGACUGGGACAAUUUAGGAUUUGGGCCGAGACCAACCGAUUACAUGUACGUAGCAAAAUGUGAUAGAGAUGGGAGUUUUGAAGAAGGUCAACUUAAUCCUUUUGGGACCAUCGAACUCACACCAUCAGCGGGGGUGUUAAAUUACGGACAGGGUUUGUUUGAAGGAGUGAAGGCAUACAGGAGAGAAAAUGGUGGCAUGUUCGUUUUCAGACCAGAGGAAAACGGGAUGAGAAUGCGGCUGGGUGCGGAGAGAAUGUGCAUGCCCGCCCCUUCCAUCCACCAUUUUGUCCACGCUGUCAAACAAACCGCUCUUGCUAACAAACGUUGGAUUCCUCCGGCGGGAAAAGGGUCCCUAUACGUGAGACCACUGCUACUCGGAACUGGUCCGGUUUUGGGUGUUGCCCCAGCUCACGAAUACACCUUCAUUGUCUUUGCGUGUCCGGUGGCCAACUAUUUCAAGGAGGGCUCGUCGUCCUUGAAUUUAUACAUUGAAGAUGAGUUUCACCGUGCUACUCGUGGCGGAGCCGGAGGUGUCAAGAGUGUGACAAAUUAUGCCCCGGUUUUGAAAGCGAUAGUGAGAGCAAAAGAAAGAGGAUUCUCUGAGGUCUUAUACCUGGAUUCUGUCCAUAAGAGUUAUAUCGAGGAAGCCUCUGCCAGCAACAUAUUCUUUGUGAAGGGGAAAAUUAUUUCAACCCCGCCUGCUAAUGGUACCAUCCUUGAAGGUGUCACGAGGAAAAGCAUCAUGGACAUUGCACUUGAUAAUGGAUUUCAAGUAGAAGAACGUAUGAUACACGUUGAUGAACUAAAGGAAGCUGAAGAAGUAUUUUGUACUGGAACUGCCGUUGGUGUUUGUAGGGUCGGAAGCAUCACAUAUAAAGGCACCAGGGUUGAGUACAAGACAAGCUAUGAAAAUGUUACCGAGAAACUCUCCUCCGGCCUAGCAGGGAUUCAAGGUGGUACAAUUGAAGACAAGAGGGGUUGGGCUAAGGAGAUUGUCCUAUAAUUUAUUUAAAUUUGUCCUCCAUUUAUUUAUUUAUUAAGUCAUAUUCUUUAUUUUUGUGGAUUAGCAAGCCUUUGUAAUUUAAUACACGUAUUCAAAUAAUAAAAACAAAACUAUUAGGAAGAAAAGGUAUAUUAUUGUCAUUGAUGUUGACGACUUUCGUGGUAAUUAAUAUAAUGAAUAUUGUUAUUGGUAUUCUUUUUACAAUUGUUGCUA